UCGACAUGAAUUGCCUACCGUGCUUUAACAAGGACGAUGACGAAGAAGAAGCCGCUGAUCCUCAACAAACUAACGCCAAGAAAGAUAAUCCCGCCCAAUUGGAAGCCGCUAAAGAAGCUUCUUCCUCUAAAGCUCAAGCUUUUAACUUUCGGGAACUAGCCAUGGCGACAAAGAAUUUCCGACAGGAAUGUUUAUUAGGUGAAGGGGGAUUUGGUAGAGUAUUCAAAGGAAUGAUUCAUGCUUCUGGCAAGGUUGUUGCUGUAAAGCAGCUAGAUAGAAAUGGAAUGCAAGGAAACAAGGAAUUUCUUGUGGAAAUCCUGAUGCUCAGUCUUAUACAACACCCAAAUUUAGUCAGUCUUAUCGGUUAUUGUGCUGACGGAGAUCAGAGGCUUUUGGUAUAUGAAUAUAUGACGAUGGGAUCUCUAGAGAAUCAUUUGUUCGGUGACAAUUCUGACAAGAAGCCAUUGGAUUGGUACACAAGGAUGAAAAUAGCUUCUGGUGCGGCCAGUGGACUUGAGUAUCUGCACGAAAAGGCCAAUCCCCCUAUAAUAUAUCGUGAUUUAAAGCCUUCGAAUAUCCUACUAGAGGAAAACUAUGAACCAAAACUUUCUGACUAUGGUCUUGCUAAACUUGGAGCUGCUGGAGGUAAGGUAAAUCCUACAUCACGGGUAAUGGGAACAUAUGGUUAUUCUGCACCUGAGUACUCAAGUGGUGGUGAGCUUACUCUCAAAUCUGACAUCUAUAGCUUUGGAGUAGUAUUAUUAGAGCUUAUCUCUGGACGAAGAGCCAUCGACACAACUAGACCAAAUGACGAGCAGAACUUAGUUACAUGGGCACAACCAAUAUUCAGGGAGCCUAAGCGAUUCCCGGAUUUGGCAGAUCCACGCCUCAAUAAUAACUUCCCAGUGACAAGUCUAAACCAAGCUGUAGGAAUUUGCGCAAUGUGCCUUCAAGAAGAACCAUCUGUUCGUCCCUUAAUUAGUGAUGUUAUCGCUGCUCUUAGUUUCCUCGCGAUACCUCAACCGAGUACUAAUCUUGCCCCGGCUCAACCAGAAAAUAGUCAUGCUCCACCGUCAGAGCAGAGGAUGCAGUAUGACUCUGAGAUUAAACAGAAUCAAUCAUCCCACUCAGAUAAAGAUAGCUCAUCGUGUGAUGAUGAUAGAAACAGUGAAGAAAGUGAAAGUUCAGGUGACGACUAUUCUACUUCUGAUCAUCGAAAUGAAGGAAGUUCUCAAACUUCAUCGGGAGAGAAAGACAGCAGUACUCUAUCUUCGGAGAGGGGAAGUGAAUGCCAGGACUCAGAUAGAAGACACAGCUUUGAUAAUAAUUCAGAAGAACAAAGCACUUACUCAGACUCGGAUAGCGAAGGUGACAAUACCAAUUAUGAAGAUGCUGAAACUUCAGAGGUUGAAGAUUCAGGAACAAGAUCAACAAAUUCCAGUACUAAUUACAGUUUAUACUCGGCCCAAAGUACUGGCAGCAGCUUAAAAUCAGAUUCCGGAAAUAAAUCUUCAGCCAACGGAAGUAGCAGGAGAUCUUCGCCCGCAAAAGAUACUGGUUCUCGUCAAAGAAAGCCGGUUGUAACAUUUAAGGAACCAAGUUUGAGUGCAAAGAAAAAUGGUACCAGACCUGAGGGAGGAAAAUGCAGUUCCGACAAUUUAAAUAGUAAUAAUAAUCAGACAGCUACUGCUGCUACUGGUACAGAUGGUAGGCAACACCAAAGUUCAAGUUCUUCUUCAAGUUCAGAAGAAAGUAGUGACUCUGAGGAUGAGGUACCUCCAAGACACAAGGAAGUCACAAAAGUUUCUCGAACGAACGAUAGUAAAGAUAAUGAAGAAAAAGAUGGGGAUAAAAAUAACCAUAGAGUUUUUGAAAAAUCUGAAAAAGAGGUUCCAAAGUUACGGCAUCUCAAAACCAGGUGAUUUUCAAGAGAUGGGCAUUACACGAUACUCCGUUUACUUGUUUCCGAACAGUUUGAACAUAGAACAGAAAAAAACUGAUCAGUAUAAAUGUAGCAGCUUAUCACCCUCUUCCUCUCAAUUCUCAUGACAUAUCCUAAGAAUCAGGCAGUUGAGGAAGAUGGCACCAUGCUGUUUGUAGUGAGGGAUUAAUGCAAAUCCUGGUUACAAGGUUUCUUUUCGAGUUUCCUUACAUUCUUGUGUUAGUUUGAUUUAAUCAUGACAUGUUUCCUUUGUUUCUCUAGUUCUUCCUUUUUUGGACCCCCGCUUUGAAAAACAAGCUAUUUUUGUAAUAACACAUUGAAGUGUUAGAUUUUAAAGACUUGUAGGCAGAAAACAAGCUUGAGAAGACUUGGUUUUGUUUCAUUUUUAAUUUUUAUUAACCAGUGUAGUGCUCAGCACAUCAGUUUGUGUUCUGAUUCAUCAAGCUGUCUCACUUA